GCCCACCCAACCACGAGCACCGUCAUCAUGACCACCCUUUCCACUUCCACACGAACUUUCGAUUUCCAAAUACUUCACUUGAAGUUUGGAGAUACUAUCUUAAGCCCACCGACCUGAAUAUUCCCCUUGCGGCAGGGCUUGCUGCAAGCACAAAGACUCCCCAAAUGUCCAGCUUUGGAUCUGGUGGUGAUGCCCCACGUGCGUCCUCUCCAUCCAACAGCUUCUACGCCAUGAGUGACGACGAUGAAGGCGACUACAACACCAUCAUGCACACGCGAUCCGGGAGAGGUGUGAAGCUCCUGUUUGCAAAGAGCAAAGUCUACAUCCACCCCAGCCCUUCCGCAAAAGAUAAUAUACCCGGCUACAUUGCCCUCUUACAACAGAAGCCUUCGCCGAAUACAUCCUCAUCUACGCAUGAGACCAGCUCGUCUGCCUCGGCCGAUCUGCUCCUGGCAUGGGUUCCCGAAUCAUCCCUCGGCGAGUCGGAGAGCAUGUACGUAAAGGUCGACGCAUACAGCGACGGCGACUCGCCUCCAAAACAAACGUACCUCGUGCCCCCGCCUCCCACGGUCACGACCAGCGUCGGCUCCCUGGCCGCUGGGUAUUCCUUCGCCGUACCGAUCAAUGCGAUAUACUCAUUGCAAGUCCGACCCCCGAGUCUCGGCUGGUGGUACGGAUCCAUCAUUGUCAACUCCCGCGCCGGCGACAGUUUCCCUGCGCUCUUCUUCCACGACAAUGAAUGCCAGAGCACCAUGCAGCAGAAGAAGAAGCUCACAAAAGAUACGUUUGAUCCCUUUGGAGAGCAUGGACAGAUGUUCUGGGGUGGCGACGAGAUCGUCCGCUGGCUACGACGGUACGUCAAGGUCGAGAGGUCGGGAGCCGAGCCAAAUAUCUUCCUCAUCGACCCGAGCGCCGAGGACAUGGAAGCCUUUGGCAACAAGCCCACCUCGUCCAAGAAGCAGGGCGCGAACGCGAGAGGCGAUGCAGAGAUGGACCCUUUUGUUAAGUUCUUCAAGGAGACCGGCUGGAAUCUCAUGAACCAGUUCAGCAAGGUGACAACUUUUACCCGGAGGACAGCCCAAGACAUCGCCGAGAACUCAAACUUGCCGCCCCAGGUCAAGAAUCUGCUCAAAACGCCCGAGGUCCAGACAUUGCAGGAUGAGUUCGACAGUGCCCGAGUAUACCUGGCGCGGUGGGCCAUGGGCAUCGCUGAGCAGAGUGAGCGUGAGAGGAACCGGCGGAUGUGGACUGCGAAAGACGUGAUGGAACUGGAGGACACGGAACUCGGCGAGUUCGAACUCUUGGAGAGCAGCAGCGCUCUGUCCAUGGAAGACAGGCGGAAGCCGGUCACUAUGAAGGAGUGGAAGUCCUUCUUCGACCCAGACAGCGGUCGUCUCGCGGUGACCAUUGACGAGGUGAAGGAUCGCGUCUUCCAUGGCGGGCUGGACCCUGAAGAUGGUGUCCGAAAGGAGGCCUGGCUAUUCCUGCUUGGUGUUUACGACUGGUACGGCACCGCAGAUGACCGCAAGGCUCAGCUGGCGUCGCUGCGAGACCAAUACUACAAGCUCAAGCUGUCAUGGUGGGAGCGUCUCGAGGGUGAGGGUGGCGAAGGCGAAACAGGUGAAUGGUGGCGCGAGCAAAAGGGGCGCAUCGAGAAGGAUGUCCACCGUACGGAUCGCCACGUGCCCAUCUUUGCAGGGGAGGACACUCCCCAUCCCGACCCGAACUCGCCAUUUGCCGAGACAGGCACAAACGUCCAUCUCGAGCAGAUGAAGGAAAUGCUCCUGACGUACAAUGAGUACAACAAGGACCUAGGCUACGUGCAGGGCAUGUCUGACCUCCUCGCGCCCCUCUACGCCGUCAUCCAGGACGAUGCAGUCGCCUUUUGGGCGUUCCAGAAGUUCAUGGAGAGAAUGGAGCGCAACUUUCUGCGUGAUCAGUCAGGCAUGCGCAACCAACUCUUGACCCUCGACCAGCUCGUUCACUUUAUGGACCCCAAGCUCUGGGACCACCUACAGAGCGCCGACAGCACCAACUUCUUUUUCUUCUUCAGGAUGCUCCUGGUCUGGUACAAACGUGAGUUUGAGUGGCUAGACAUUCUACGGCUCUGGGAAGGCCUGUGGACAGACUACAUGAGCGCCAAUUUCCAUCUCUUCAUCGCGCUGGCAAUAUUGGAGAAGCAUCGAGACGUUAUCAUGACGCACCUCAAGGCCUUUGACGAGGUUCUCAAGUACAUCAACGAGCUGAGCAACACCAUGGAUCUCCAGGCCACACUGAUCAAGGCCGAAGCCCUCUUCCGUCGCUUCCAGCGCUUGGUAGAGGCAGUAGACAAGAAGCCCAACUUCCCCGGUCCGCGAAAAACGUCGGCUUCAUCGAUCCCCACGAUCUCAGACGGGCCAAGCUCGACCAAUGGUCGACCCGACAGCAGCGCAGCCCCAAACAAGGGCAAUGGCAAGGGCAAGGGUAAAGAGGAGGAGGCAAAGGUCAUCACGCCUGAGCUGCGGAAGCUACUGAGCCGACAGGUGGAGGUCCUGCCACGCACGACAGUUGCGCAGAAGGGCGACGGUAUGCCGUUGAGGUAGCAACAGCACAAGACUUGUAUAGUAUGGCAGGGCGUCUUGACACAUAUUUAAGCGAGGGGCGGCGUUCCAGUGCUUUAAGGGGGGUCAUACAUUGCCUUUCGGCUAUAUACCGCAUCUA